CGAGCCUCCUCUCAUUCUGACUCAACUAUGUGAUCUGUUUUUCCACACGGACACGGACCCUGUCUCCUCUCCUCUUCUUUUAUCCCUGUCUUCUCCUCCUCCUCCUCCUCCUCGCCGUCCUCGUCCUCCACGGCACGCUCAAUGCGCACUUCCCCUCUCGCAAAAGCAACCGCGUUUGUUCGGCGAAGUUACUUUCUUAGAUAGUUGACUUUGAAGUUUACUUUUUGUUCUCAAUUCUCGGACAUGACCACCAUGGCAUCACCGGCUGCUCCGGCUCUGCUCCCCGCCGCUCCGCUCGGGCACCACCCGGCGCCGAGUUCCGUCUCUCCGUCCACCAACUCUCCGCCACCCGCAGCCACCUCCGCCGCUUCUUCGCCGGCUCCUCCGGUGGCGCACCCGGCGCUGCUUCACCAGUUCAGGGCGGACCUCUUAUUACCGAACGGGAACCCGUUGAAGAGCGGAGGGACCCCGGUGCCCGGCAGCGCUAAGCCCGUGUACGCCACGCCGUCUCCCGUGGAGAGCACGCCGCAGAACAACGAGUGCAAACUGGUGGAGGUGAAAGGUGCCAAGCUGGCCUCGUUCACGGUGAAAGACACGGAGCUCAUCUGCCUGCCGCAAGCCUUCGACGUGUUUCUCAAGCACCUGGUCGGCGGGCUCCACACCGUCUACACCAAGCUGAAACGGCUGGACAUUACCCCGGUGGUGUGCAACGUGGAGCAGGUCCGGGUGCUGCGGGGGCUUGGGGCCAUCCAGCCCGGGGUGAACCGGUGCAAACUCAUCUCCAGGCAGGACUUCGAGACGCUCUAUAACGACUGUACCAACGCGAGUUCGAGGCCUGGACGACCGCCCAAGAGGCUGCAGACUGUGACCGAGGGCGGGACUCACCACAUGCUGUCCCACAGCGGUCUGAUGCACGCUGGGAUCAUGCCACCUGCAGAUCUGUCUGCCCUGGCCAAAAAGAUCAAGCUGGAGGCGAUGGCCAGUUACAACAGCAACCAGCAACAUGGCGUGCCCAACGGAGAGAACGGUGACCACAACCCAGGACUGGUUCUGGAUCAGUUGCCCUUCAUGAUGAUGUCACAUCCCCUAAUCCCUGCCAGCCUGGCGCCGGCCUCCGUAUCCAUGGCUAUGGGCCAGAUGAACCGACUGAGCACGCUGGCCAGCAUGGCCAACGUGGCGCAUCUCCACGCCAAGCCCCCUACCAGGGCUCCCACCUCCGUCAUUAAGGAGCGAGUGCGUGACAGCCCCUCACCUUCUCCCUCGUUGGAAGAGGCUCAGAUGUCAUCCAAUCACAGCAGCAGUGUGUCGAGUUCACCGUCUCACACAGAACGCACUGCAGAAGCCACACACCCACUGGACAACGGGCUGUCAUCAAGUCACAGUGUGUUGGGACAUUCCCCUGGUGUGGUACAGGGGACCAGAGAGACAGAUUUGACUUCAGCGGAACACAGCAAGGAAAACAAGAGGAGCCACACUGACAGAGACAGCAGCUCCUUGGCCACUCACACCAGCAAGGAGAGCUGUGAUAGACAAGUGUUCCAGAAACCCCCAUCAGGCAGGGAGAGCUGUGAGAGGGCAUCUUACCCUGCGGGACAGAAGCUCCCAGCAGGUCUCCACCACACUCCCUUCAUCUUCCCGGAAGGCUUGUCCUCCAUAGAGACCCUGCUCACGAACAUCCAGCAGGGUCUGCUGAGGGUUGCCAUAGAGAACGCCCGGGCGCAGGAGAAGCAGGACCAGCUGGAGAGGACGGAGCUGAAGAUGGAGCUGGUCCGAGAGAGGGAGCUCAGGGAGACCUUGGAGAGACAGCUCAGCAUGGAACAGAAAAACAGAGUUUUGAUCCAGAAGCGCCUGAAGAAGGAAAAGAGGAAUAAGAGGAGACUCCAGGAGGCCUUGGAGGAGGAGGUGAAACUUCGUGAUCAGGCUGAACACACUCUGCUGCACACUGCCAGCGCACACACAGGCCAUCAAUCAUCAGCAGCCCCCCCUCACACAGAAUCCGUGACCCAGGACGUGGACGGGAACAACCACGAUGACAACAGGCUGGACACCAAGGCGACAGUACAAGGUACAGGUGUCCACAUCACAGUUACUGCCUCUUCAGUGUGUGGCUGCGAAGAGUUGGCAGAGGGCAGAGUGUUCCUGCAGACCACUGGGAUGUACUGAAGACGAGUUGGAAGGACGAGUGGACGAAUGGAUGGAUAGGUGAAUGGAAGAAUAGAGUGACAAAGAUUCCUCCUUUUAUCAGAAAUACAAUCGACAGGCAUGCUCAUCAAGAGGACUCCCCUGCACUUCGAGGGUGACAUUUGAACUUUUCCAUUGUUCUCUUGUUUAAUUUAUUGCAUUUAUCACCGAACCUCGGGCCGUAGUGGGAACAGUACUUUAUUCUGACGAUGUGUUUGACUGUGUUUCUUUCAAUCAAGGUUAUUAGAUUCCUAGAUGAAGAUGACCAUAGUCGUUUUUUUGUUUUGUUUAUUUUGUUUUGGGUUUUUUUUUUGUCAGUGCUGUUUAUCUGAACACGAGUGAUGAAUUUAACUUGUAACAGAGUUGUGUACAUAAAUAUAUUCAUCAUUUUUGUUAUUAUUAUCUAAAAAAAUAAACAUAAUGGCAUGUUGUACAGUCAGUACAUGACUUGUGUUGUGUAUGUUAUGCAGUAGUGCAGUUUGACAAUACAAACAAUACAAAUCCUUUUUAU